UGUUGAUCAUGUGUUCCACCACUAGAAAAGAAGUGUCAUAGAAGUUACAACUUCGCGCACUGUAGUGUGAUGAAGGGACGAGACGAGCGAGACGUGGUACUGUUAAGAAGUAGAAAUUCUUUGUUGGUCGAUGAGUUGUUCCCCAACAUCCAUUUCAAUUUGGACUCCCAACUACCUCGAAGGAUCGUCUGCGAUCAUGAUUUGCAAUCCCUACUUUUUGAUACCCACCCUGUCCUCGUCUCUGAGUAGUUUCACGUAGUAGACUCCCAGUAUUUGAUGGCUUAUUCUUGACUUUAUCAUCUAGCACAGAAUGGAGUAGCGACUGCGUCCGCAGUAAACAACUCAGUAUGUUUGUUUAUCUCCGCCGAUGAGUUGUUCCCGGAUAGGCAUUUCAAUUUGGACACUACCUCCCACUUUUUGUUUGUUUAUCUCCGCAUAGGCAUGGAUGCCAAUAGAUCUUUGUUUCUGAGCUUGUUUCUGUUCUUGCUGUUACUCCCAUGCAUUAGGUAACCUGCAUGAUUUUUUUUUUGAGGUUGUUUGAGCAGUGCCUGUUUGAUAUUGGCUAUGCUAAUUGACAGUGAGUUGGAGGUAGAUAGUGUUUCCUCUUUCCUCAAGUUUCACAAUAGCCUAAUCCGAAAGACCUAGUAGAGCUAAACACUGUACUACUUAACGUGGAUGAAAAUAAAAUGAACACCGACAAUGCGAGUCGCCCUGACGUGCCUCUCCAGCGAUUAUGCGGAGAGGAUUUGCGCUUGAGAUGGGUCGGCGGCAAAAGUACGACUUAUUAUGUUGAAGAUGCUGACACAGGUACCAAAUUAUCUACGGAACUCACCAACAGUUCUUCUCUCCAACAGCUUCAGAGUUGCACUGGGGAUUACGCUAAAGUCAACUUAACUGGAUUCGGGAAUAGGGAUGACGUUGUUCUAGGUCCAGAACUUGGUGUUGGACGCGGCGGAGGAAACGGAGGACAAGGAGGAGGUUUUUGUUCACCUACUGGAGCAGUUCAAAGGGACUUUUCAGGCGUUUCUUCUGGCCUAGGUGGAUCCUCGGGAGCCGUGGUUCCCAUUUCGGGCGACGGCAAUUUGACGUUGCAACAGUUGCGACGAUGUCUUCUACCAGCGUUGAGUCGGGAAGCGGGACGUCCGGUGCCGACGUCAGUGUUGCAAAUAGUGCACGCGCCAGGUUGCAUGGUUGAUGAUGACGAUUGUAUGAGUGUUGACGACGAUGAUUUCUUUGAUUUGAAGAAGCUGUUGGAGGAUGAAGAUGAGAAAAAGAGGGCAUUGGAAGAAGAGGCAGCUGCUGCUGCUGCUGCGGCGGCAGCACCUGUUGCUGCAGAGGCGGAAAUAGCAAAGACUUCAUCAAGUUCGACGACUCCUGCAGGGAAUGCCACUUCAGCUGCGUCAGGAGGUACUGCAGCUGUAGGAAUCGCACCCUCGACAUCAGCAUCAACGACCAAACCAGCAUCAAACUUCUUCCGUAUCACGAUUCCUCCUGAAGCCGAAGCCGCUCUAAGAUCAGUGCCGCGUCCUUGGGUCGACCAGCUGUUGAAUGCGAGGAAUUUCAACGACAUCCCACCCACAAGAUUGGCGUUUCUAGAAUCCAAGGGCGUCCGGAUUCUCCGUGAAGACCCAGUUCGCCGAAUCACGAAUCUGACACUCAAACGUCGAGUUUUACAGAAUCUGCCAGUCGUAGUUGAGGAUGAACAAGUAGUGCUGCAUUUGUUUGGACAGCACGAAGAACAAGGUAGUUCUCAUCAAGCUUCUAGUUCUGCAUUUGGUGCAACAGCAUGUUGGGACUUACGAAAAAUCGAUUUGCUGUACGAUACGGAGAAGGAUGUCGUGUCCUUGGUCAGGAGUGAAGACCCGCAUGCGCACGAUGACGAGAUAGAAGCAGAAGUUGACGGACUACAAGGGCAAGAUCCUCAGGAUGCUGAUGACGUUGACAUUAAAAUGGAUGGACUAGUAGCUGAUGAAACAGGAACAAGACAAGCAGGAAACAGUGAUCGUUCCUCUUACAUGAUCAGAAUGGGCGAUCUCCAGCUUCUGAUCCAGCACCAUGCCAACCUCGAUGCGCGCAACAUGGUGGAGAAGAUGAAAGACUUGAUCGAAACAGGUGGCCGCUUACAACUCAUCGGUCGCAAGUCUUACACCGUUCAAGAGUGGGCGAUCGCGAUCUACCAGGCGGACGCGGAAGAACUGAAUGGCUCACAGUGGCUACAAGCGAGAAAGCAAAAGGCAAAGAAGAAUGGAGAAGAAGAAGGCCACGAAGGAAUGGAUGUAGAUAUGCUGUCUCAGAAUCAUGAUCCGGCUACAACAGCUUCACCAAAAUCAAAUGCAGAUGAUUCUCGGAUUGUUCGACUACCUAUGCCGGCUGGCGCCAAGGAUGUUGUUACCGCAUCUGCCUCUACAUCCUCUACCUCUGCAGAAGCUGGCGCUAGUACAGCUUCAAGUUCUUCUCAAGCCCCAACCAGGUCCACCGCCCCAGCCAACGACGAUUCAACCACUCUCGGCGACCACAAAGCCGCUGAUGACCAUGGGAGAUUUUAUAGUUGCAAUCCGAAUCCUAAGAAUCUCAAGGGCGUCUACAAUGGCCAGAAUGGUUUGAAGAACCAUCCCAUUUAUAACGCGAACAUGAACGCAACAUACAUUAAGUCAUUACAGAACAAGAACCGGAAGAGUGACAUACCUUUUCAGCCGUCUUUGCUGACGAUGCUGUUGGACAUGAUCUUCGUUGUGUACCAGAAGUACCCAGCUGAGCCGAUAACGGAAGAUUAUGACGGAAGAUAAUGAUUAGGUGUAAGCAUGUAAGCGAGCAUUUAGAUGCAGCUUUAUCGUAUUGAUUCAUUACUUCGGUUAUCGUUAUUCUGCUCUUCUACAGAAGGUACAGGAUAGUUGACAGGCCUCAACGGCAUCAGGAAGACGCAUCUCAAAGAGGUUACAUGACAUGACACACCCACACAAACAGACUCAGCAUCAAGUAGAUUCAACUCACAAACACGAUCGAACAGCAAAGCUUUUUUUUUUAGUCUACUUAGUUACUUUGUCUUCUAAUUAUCCAAAUCAAUGUUUGACUUUGUCUUCUAAUCCAAAUGGCGCGAAACACUGGACAGACACAUCGUCGAGUGCCAAGCGGCCAUCUUGCUGUUGCUGCGCAACCCGUUGUUCGAGGACCUCCUCGACAACUACGAGCAGGAAGCAGAGCUAGACGAGAUGUUUCGCCGUCAAGCAGAGGAGGAGGAUGGAGAUCGUCUUGGUGAUCAAGAGAUCACCAGUAUCGGCACUAUGGCAGGUACUUCUUCUAGCAAGAAGAAAAUCCUUGGCGGGUUCGAUCUUGCUCGCGUAGUCGCCACAGCUCCACCGGGAGGUAGCUCUCAAGAGGAAAGUCCUUUGCAUGAACUACUGCGCAUGUGUCGCUUAUUCUGUCGACCGGCAAGUCACUUUCCUGCUUCACAGAGAUUUGCGUGUUUACGACACAGUAUGUUGGGGAAUUCGUCUCAAAGCAGACUUGUGACAGGUGGAGCUAGUAAUGAUCCAUUAGGGCAGCUUGGUUUACCAGGAUGGUCUUCUGCUUCCGGUGCUUCGAGUCCAACCGGUAGUGUUUCUUCUUCUGGUAGGGGCGAACGUGCAGAAAGUAAAGACAAAAUGAAUGCACGCAAGGACCAAACGUCGGCGCAAAUGAUGAGGCCUUCCCAACCUUGGGUAUUUGCUGCUUUUGCUGAGGUCUUAGCUCAUCCCAGGUGCAGGCCUGCUGAAAUGACCAACGCUUUUGGACAGACGCCCUUGUACGUAGCCUUCGAGGCUUACUGGGAAGCGCAGGAUGACUCCAGCUUAGCAUCGCCUCCAGCACGUGCAAGUUCGCCACAGAACCAUCGAGGUGGAGCAGGUGUAUCGCAAACAGGCAUAGGGAUUAUAGGAGGAGUGUUUUCACCGCCAACAAGAGCGGGAGGGGGCGCGACUUCGCCAACAUCUUCAUCUCCAUCUGCGGAUUUUAAGAUGUGGUCAUCAGUUGCGACCCACGGAGCAGACGUCUUUCUAUUCAUGGGCAGCGGUGGAGGAUUAUCUUCUUUCACCUCUCCUUGCAUCUACAACGGAGCAGACCUCUUCAAGGCGUUGUUGUCCGCGCAUGAAAUCGAGUUCGUCAAGCCUAAAAGUUUACAACCAUCUCCACUAGGACCUGGACCGGCCGCCGGCUUUCCAGCCAUGGCGCAACGAGAAGUCUCAAGAAACUACUCUAUGGAUUCCGAUAAUUCCAUGUCGGUCUCCGUUUCACAUUCACAACAACAUCAAGGUCAAGGAAGUACUGGUACCGGGAGUCCAAGUCCAACUGCUGGAGGUGCCCAACAAACAACUACAUCGAAUCUAUUCCUUCCUACCAAAGCCGAAUUGCGAAAAGCUGAGUACCUCUCCAAACGCAGCUUCGACAUUGCAAUCUGCCAGUUUCGGGAAGCACUCUAUUGCCAAUUGUCUAGCGCUCUUGAGAGUCGUGAUUGGCAAGUUUUGUUUCGCGACUUGCUCGAGUCGAAAACAGUCUCAGAAAAUCUCCUUCUACAAGUCAUGCUCUGUCCUGACGAAACGCGUGGCAACAACUCCUUGCUGCAACUAAUACUAUUGUCUUUGUCGGUGGAAUCCUUCACGCCACAUGCGUGGAUGAGUAACACGUUGGCAGUGGCGUACAACAAGAAAAGCAGUGUUGAGAAUCUUGCGACAUCGUAUCCAAGCGGAAUGUCCAGUGGAAUGAACAUUGACAGCUUAAAUCCAUCUAGUAGUUCUCCGUCUUCGGGUGGACCAAAUAGCGCAGCUGCUUCAUCGGGGACGACUUCUCGUGUGGCCUUUUUACUUGGAGGUAGUGCUGGAAAAGAUCGAGAAGACCCUCAUGACGACCUUGAUGCGGAGCUCCAUGUUACUCGUCAAGUUGCGCGUGUUCUGUCAUUACGCGGUUUUCUCUUCCAAGCAUCUGCUCCUUCCUCCGUUGCUGUGAACAACGAGAAUAUAAAGAGUCCUUUGUUUUUCUUCACGAAAGAAUCCGCCAUCGCUUUUCUGCAGAUGACUGCCGAGGACAGCCGUAGAGGCGGAUUGCCUGUAGGUGUCAUCAGCGCUGAGGAGGUUCAAAUUCUAAAACAAGCCGCCUUCUUUGCCGCAUUUGCGAUGCCGAUAAGUCCAAACAAUUCUGUCAGCUGCUUGCCAGUAAUUCAGAUUCAAGAUGAACAAGAGAAAGAGAUCACUAACGUACCCGUAGGUGGACAAGGGCAACUACAGCAAGUAGGAGGUCAUCAGCAAGCAGGCGCAGUAAGUAAAGAAGAAAUUCGCAAGCUUGCAGCUAAUAUGCAAAUCGUUCCACACGCAAGAAGUGCGGCCGCCGGUUCCUCAUCCUCACCUGACAUGCAUAACGAAAGCAGCGCAGUGUCUUCUCCAGCUCUGAUCAAUGCCCACCUCCAAAUAAGACCACCAACUUCUACUAGCCGCAGUGUGCUUUUGCUGAAGCACCGCUUGCUCCCAGUCCUGGCUUGGACUUUGAGGGGAUGGAAUCUACAGAAAAAAGAUCUUCUUGAGACGGCUAGUCUCCUAAACAAAAACGCUCGUAAGGAGACUGCGCUACAUUGUCUUCUGCAACCGAAAAACUUUCUGUUUUUGCAAGCUAUUGUCGCAGAUAGUGGCACUUCAUCCACUUCCACUUCGAUGGGCGCGUCCACCCUAGCAGGAGUAGGAACUAGUUUGGGUCGUAUGGGCCACACAUUUCUGUCGCUGUUUCUGCCAUCACAAGCUAGUGCGUGGUUGGAGCCGGACAUAAGUGGACUGACACCCUACUCCAUGCUGCAACAAUUCUUGGGAGAAAGGAUGCCUUGAGGAAGCUCAAGUCUGUGAUGAUAUCGAUUAUUUUGGAAGUGAUACAGGUACAUCCGCAAAUGAGGAAGCAGUAACCUAGGCGCUAGCAACACUGAAACAGCACCAAAAACAAGUAACACGUGUUCAACUAGAAAAACAAGAAUAAGAGGAGAGCUAAAAACAAAGCAUCAAAAAGCUUGAUCCGGUAAAACGUAUAGUGCCCCUACUGGUGGCCAGAAAUUUUUUUCUGAAAGCUCCAAAUUCAAAAUCCAAAUCUACUCCGUGUCUCCUCGUCCAUGUCGAAAUUUUAUAGUAACAGGAAUUGUGUGCAGUUUUUGAGCUUAAUUUUUUUUCGAAUUUCAUCUAUAAUUCUUCAUGGAUUGCUUUUGCUUCGGAGAGACUAUCUAGCUUGGGUUUCAUGAACAUGAGUACUGAAAUGAAGAGUAAAACUACAUAAAAAGCUUCUGGAGUUCGUGGAAAAGACGAAGACCACGACCAAUGACUUGGAAAAAAAGUCUGGGUAAAGAACAAGAAUGUUCAGCAUAUCGUUUGCGUCUCCCAGAAAACAGGUUCAUGAUCCCAUCUGGUUCGACUUGGAUGACGUGUG